UAAAAUCUAUACGUGGAAAGAAGGAAGAUGAGUCGCAGAAAUGGACCCAAGGUUGACUUGAAGCUGAACCUAUCUCCGCCGAGGGUUGAUCCGAGAGUGGAAUCGCCGGUCCGAUCGGUAACCGUGUCGCCGACAUCUACGCCGAGCUCAUGCGUGUCGUCGGAGAUGAACCAGGAUGUUGAUACCGGUAACGUCAGAUACUCGAGCAGCCCUGAGGCGACAUCCAUGGUCCUGGUGGGGUGCCCAAGGUGCUUGAUGUACGUUAUGCUUUCGGAGGAUGACCCUAAGUGUCCUAAAUGCAAGAGCGCCGUUUUGCUUGAUUUCCUCCAUGAUACCGCCACCACGACCAGGAAGGGCUGAGUAUGAACCAGGAAUCACCUCCCCUCCGCCCUCUUUUUCCUCCUCGGCCUUUAUUGUGGGGUGGGGAGUUUUCCUAUUCAUAUAACAUAGAUGUGGGCGUUUAUGGUUGGUGGGUGUCUUUAGUUUAGGUCUGGUAUUUUUAGGUUUCUUCCUUCUUUAGCAGAUGACUAUGUAAACUGGUUU